CACCUAGAAAAUCAAAAUCAAAAUCAAAGAGACAACCUGCUAGUGUGUCAGUAUCAAGAGUUGGAGCUUCAAGAAGCAGAAGAAAAAUGGAGGAUCAAAAGAAAUCAAUGGAGAAAGAUGAAGAAGGUAGCGAAAAGAAUUGGAGCGAACGCGUGGAAGAUCUUGUAGACGCAGGGGAGGUAGAAAGCGCAAUCACACUGUUGGAAUCCAUUGUUGAAACCCUAAACUCUUCUUCUUCUUCUUCUUCUUCUUCUUCUUCUUCCGAUUGGGUUUCACAGCUUCAAUUGGCCUCUGCUCUCACCGACUUGGCCAACCUUUACUCCUCCAAAGGCUUCUCUCUCAAAGCACAUGAUCUUCAAUCCCAAGCUUCCGUUAUCAAACUACGUCACCGUUCACAAAUUGGGAGUGAAUCCAAACCAACUGAUGCUGCUCUUUCGUCUUCAAAAGAUUCUAUUUCUGAACACAAUCUUGGAAAGGAAGCUGAAUUGCCUAAUCAGACUUCUACUGCUUCUUCAGAUGAUGAUUGGGAAGCAAUAGCGGAACGUGAACCUGAUGAGAUACUGCCCACAAUAUCCCCAGAUUGUUUAUCUGGUGUAUCAAAUCUUAAAUUGGGGAACACCAAAAGUCAAACUCCAAAGCGGCGUGGAAGGGGAACAUUCUCUUAUGAUAAACAAAAACUUUAUAGUGACCAGUUACUCGAUAGCUCGGUCAUUGAUGUUGAGGAGGAGGAGACUCACUGUAAUUCUGAAGAUAAAAAAGAUAUACCACAAAACUCAAAAUAUGGGACCAGUCAUGCUCUAGUGUUGGCUGACUUUCCACCGAGUACUAGGACAACGGACCUGGAAAAGCUUCUUGAGAACUUCAAUGACCGUGGAGUAGUUAUUCGAUGGGUCAAUGAUACUGUUGCACUUGCAGUAUUCCGAACACCUUCAGUGGCACUUGAGGCCCGAAACAGUAUUCGUUGUUCCUUCACUUUGAGGAUACUUGAGGAAGAUGAUACACUUCUUAGUUCAAUUAAAGCAAGUGACCUGGAACCGCCAAAACAAAGGCCGAAAACCUCUGCCCAAGCAGCACAGAGGCUGAUUGCUCAUGGAAUGGGACUAAAAUUGUCAUCCCCAAGCGCCGGAUCCAGACAAUAUAAAAAGCAAGAAGAUGCAAGGAGGGAGCGUAUUGUUACGAGGCAGAAAUUAAGGGACGAUGCUUGGGGAGAUGAUUAAUAUCUUCAUAGUACUGCUUUAAUUGAUGUUAGUUUUAUCCUCUUUUUUUGAAGCCCAGAGAGAAAAGAGAUUGCAGCCUUCAUAAAUUCUAGGUUGUGCGGUUCAAAGGUGGUACAUGUUUGAAGCAAAAGUCUCUGGCUCGAGACUUGUGUAUGAAAAAACAAUCUGUUGGGCUCCAUAAAGAAGUUCCGUUUCAAAUAUGAUCGUCUCUCAUGGAGAUUACACGUGUGUUACAAAACCAAAAUUCUAGAUUCAGCCAUUUGAUCAAAAUAACAAAAAGUUGUGGGUACAGAUAGCCGUAAUUGCCAAAAGAAAUUAUGGAGCAUGAAUCAUUUAGCAAUGCUGCAAUACUGGGGUUAAUUGCUCAUCCGCCAUGUUGUGCAAAUUACAUGCUGAUCCAUUGACAAAUUGUUGAGGAAAUGUCCCGUUUGGUUACCAGUUUUAUCAAAUAUACAAGUGUGUUAACUGUAUUGUAAUGUAUAACAUCUCGUUUGAGUAUUUUUUCAUUAAAUAAAAGUGUGUUUUUAAACUUUAAA